UUAAUUUUCUAGUUAAUACAAUUUGGAAAAUUAUUCGACCUCAACGUGGAACCUCAACACAAUUAUAUCGACGAAAGACACGAUUCGAUAACUGCGUUUUUCGGUCGAUUUUUCAAUAUGAACACGAAAUUCUUAUCUAACGACAACAAACUUUAUUCAACUCAAGACCGACUUAACCAGUACAAGAACACCGUAACUCCGAAAGAAACGCAGCCUAAACAAUAUGUCACUAAAAACACAGAUAUGAACCCAUAUGAAGUUAAAGUAAAAUACUGCAAAGAACGAAAUCUCAGCACUGAGACCUAUACAACAAAAGACCUAUGUACUAAGAAACCAACAUUAAAACUAGGCGAGACGCAAAAAAUAAUGAUAGUUCAAAAACGAACGAAGACGUGUUAUCUUGUACACUCUAUGGAGAGUAGAAAUUCUGUUAUCACCUUGUGCGAUAAACUACGCGAAAUGGAAAAUAACUUGAGACGCAUCCAGAAAGUUGAAAAGUACGACAUGUGCUUGAUAUUUUUUGGCGUUGAAUGGUACCGUGGGAAAAUUAUGGACGAGACGAACGAGGGUAUGUUAAAAAUUUACUUGAUUGACAUAGCACAAACGAUGUUGUUUAACCGAAAAGAUGUCUAUGAGAUUCCAAAGAAAUUUGAAGGAGAGUCUUUAUUAAUUGAAAUUGUCGUAAGACCUCCGCNUUAUUAA